AUGCUGUCAAUUUUUUUCUAAAAUAUUAUCAUACUAAUACAACUGUCUUAAUUUUUAUUUAUUUUAUACCAGAAAUACUUUGAUUGGCAAGAGGUGACUCCACUAGUAAAGGAAGCUUGGAGGCGUAAGGCUGCAGAGCGCUAUAAGGCCCUAAUGUGCAAUGUCAGGAAAGGAAAAUCCAAGGUCAUCGUGCCUAAUAGUACAAUGCAAAAAUGGAAGGAGGCAUGGAGUAGCCCAGAGUUUAAAGCCAAGAGCCAUCAGUUCACUGCUAACCGUUGUAGUGAGAUAGGGGGAGUUGGGGCAGGCAUCUCUAGACACACAGGGGGUUCAGUUUCACAUGCUACUCACGCAGAUAGAAUGGAAGCCCAGCUUGGCCGAAGACCUUUUCCUUAUGAACUUUUCCAUAAGACCCACACUAGGAAAAGCACCUCUAAUAUGGUUGAUUCACGAGCGCAAUCAAUUAAGGAUGCAUUUUUGGCGCUUAAGGAGCAGUCGUCUCAACCACAAGAGGGGUGCAGUGACCCUCCUAUUGUAGAUGAGGUCGCACUAUAUUAUCAAGUUGUGGGGGGGGGGGAGAAGAAGAACAGGGUUUAUGGCAUUGGAUCUCAAGCAUCAAUUUUUUACCCUAGCUCAUCACAUGGAUCAUCUCCUACUGCAUCCUAUUGUGCUCAGUCAGAGGCAAUGGAGGAAGAGAUUCAACAAUUGCAUCAGACUGUUGCAACGCUCAAGGAUAGUUUGGUUGCAAUGGAGGAGAGAGAUCGACAACGCGAGUUGAUGCUGGAGGAGAGAUAUAGACAACGUGAGCAGACACUGGAGGAGCGCAUGCAACAAAUGAUGCAAAACAUGAUGGCACAAAUGAUGCAGGGUACGCAGUUUACAACCCCAACUCCACAUGCGACUCAUCAAGAUGAUGGUAGAGAGGCUGAUAGUGGUGAUGAGUGAUUAUCUUGUUGAUGACAAGUAGCUUGUUUUUUUGUUAUUAUGAUAUUUUAUUUUUCCAUACAGUAUAUUAUUGUAAUAACCCUUCACUGUCAUAUUUAUAUAUAAUAUUGACUGAUAUUUGAUAUUUGAUAGCCUGAUAUUAUAAAUAUUAUGAUAUUGAGCAUUUAAAAUUAAUAUUAUAUUAUAUGCUUCAAUACAGGAAAUAAUAUAUUAAAUAAAAAAAUAAAAAUUUUCUACUAGUAAUUUGAAACGGAUUAAAAACGAAUUUUUCCGUUUCUAAUCCAAUA